AUGAAGGAUAAGCGGACUCAAACGACAACUGCAAUUGAUUAUAUAAAUUAUAAAGAAUGCAUUAAUGAUACCUAUUACGAUGUUUCACAAAUGAAAUGCUCUAAAUGCCCAAACGGCACUGUUCCAAGUGCGGAUAAGUUCAGUUGUGUAUGCCCUCAAGGUCAGAUUCUAACUGCCAUUGGUUGUCACCAAUGUCCGGAUGGUACUUCGAUGAGUGAAGAUGGUUUGUUUUGUGUUGAAUGUUUAAAUACAACAAAGAAAAUGAACCGAAUUGAAAAAUGCCCGAAUUGCGCUUCAGGAGAAAUAACUGCUUUUUCGCUUGCUGCAAACAUGCAAUUUAUGCAGCAAAUUUGCCAAAAAUGUCCAGAAAACUCACGGCCAUCAUUUGAUAAGCGAAUUUGUAUUCCUUGUAGCAAAGCUGAUUUGCUAAGUUGCUCUUGUCAAAAAGAAAAUUGUAGUGAAAAUUCAUUUCCGAGCGAAACGUUAUACAGCAUUCAAUAUGAAGAUAGAAGCUUCUCACCAAAUUUAUAUAUCAAAAAAAAUUUGAGAAAAUCGCAAAAGAGAUGCUUAAGCGGAGUUUCUACCUCAUGCCAGAACUUAGCCAAUCUUUGUGUUCUACAGAAUUACAGAACUCAACCACCGUCUGCCUGCAAUGUUUUUGAAGAACUUUUCAGUAAAAAUUCCAUAGAGCAUCGAAAUAACAAAUUACCAGCAAUUCUUUAUCAUAAUACUGAAAGUAAUAUCGAAUUGAAUCGGGAGAAUGCUAUUAAUGCAAAAUUUUAUUUGCUAAAAACUAUGCCAAAUUCUGAAGUGAAUAUAUUAUCGGUCGCUUUUGAUAUUAAUGGUACUUUCCUGGAAUUAAUUCCGCUCCAGAAAAGCAGAAUUUUUCCAUCUUGCUUCGAUGAUUUCGUUAUUCGCUUUGGAGUCAGAUAUUCCUUUAAUUGCCGAGUAUCACUAGAUAAAUUAACUGAUCUAAGCGACAUAAUCUUCUACGAUUUAUAUUUUCAAUUUAUCGAUGUCAACAAUAAAACAAAAUUAUUCCCAGUACCGAUUGUAAAUGAGAAUAUAAGAAAGGAUAAUGAAUUCUUCAAUAGAUUAUCAGCCAAUGACAUGUCAAAGUGGACUUUAAGCAGAAGAAUUUAUUCGUUUGAUAGAACAUUUAAGAAAACGCCAGAUAACCAACUAAAACCAGUUAUUCGAUAUCUCGCUAUGCUAUCUAUCGAAAUUCAGGUCCAGUCACGAAAGGAUGGCUAUUUGAUGCCUCCUUAUAUAAGAAUUCGCCACAAUGAAUUUGACGAAGACCAUCCGAAUCCGGCAUCAAUUCAGUUCAGUGUAAACUAUAUUAAAAAUGAAGAAAGUUACGAAAGAGACCUAGAAAUUAUUAUGGCUAUAAUAGGCACAAUAUCAAUCGUUAUAUCUGCAUCAGCUACAUAUAGUUGGGGUCGUCGUUCCGGAAAAAUUGUCGUAGAUUUUUCAACAGUUUUGAAAUUAAUCUUAUUUGAAUGCGAUGUUCUUAGUGAAAUAUUUUUUGCUGUAGUCACCAUUAUGGCAAUAUCGGCUACUUUUAUCUACAAGGCGCAGUCUCUAUUAUAUUUUACAAUGCCAAACCCACCACAAGAGAGAACUUUUAUUGCUUAUCUGAUUGCGGCGACAACUUUGAGAUUUAUCAGUUUAUUACAUACAAAUCUUCAUCUCGCUAUUGUCAAAACAUUCUUUAUUGACUGGGAGCGACCACAAUUAAUAGAUAUAAAUAAGGAACAGCAAGGAUCGCCAAAAUUAUCAAAAAAUGAAAGAAAAGAAGAGCCACCGGUGAUAUGGCGAACAUAUCUGGUUGCGAAUGAAUGGAAUGAAUUGCAAUGCUGUCGUAAAACGAGCGUUUCACUUCAGCUCGUAACAAUACUUGUAUUGCUACGAUGGUUUAAACUAGAGAAUUGGUCAGCUGUAGCGCCGGGUUUUUCCACCGAUGUUUCAUCUUCAUAUUGUCAAUCAGUAAUUUCUCGCUAUGCAGUAGUCGCUUUUUUGUACCUGACAAUAGCUUUAAUUCAAUGGUUAUUGAAUACCCUAAUACUCGAAAGGCUUGUUCUUGAUCGAUUCCGUAAUUUCAUAGACCUUUGUUCAAUUGCUAAUAUUAGCGUAAUUUCAUUAACUGAGCCGUUGCAUGGAUAUUAUAUUCAUGGAAGAUCAAUACAUGGAUCAGCCGACGCUAACAUGGCUCAAAUAAAUCUAUACCUUCAGAAAGAAAGGGAUAAUUUGUGCGGAGAACGAGGCUUAGAACAAAACAGUGAGCUUCAAACAUUUGUUAUCAACGUACCGAAAUCUUUCAAAGCUUAUUUUGAUCAAAUAACAUCAGAAUUAUGCCAAGCAAGAAUGAAUUGUCGAGAAACUAAAGGCUUUGAAGCAACGACUAUAAAGAUUGAUGAAAUAUCUCGGGCUCAUUCAAAAAUGAACCAUUUUUUGAUGGAAUUUGUCGAGCAUAACAAUCCAUCAGUGGAUUAUGUGAUACGAGACUCAACCUUUUUUGAAGCAAUCUUUAAUAUAGAAUUUAAUGAUACAACAACAACUGGUAUUUUUGCUCGGUAA